UGGCCAGGGUGGGGCGGUGCAUAUAUCUGGGGGUGAGCCGCUGGGCUGUGCAGUCGUGUCAGACGAGCGGGAGAGAUCAGACUCCAGCUGUCACCAUGGCUGCAUUCAGGGUGAGGGUAUCCACGGGGGAGGCCUUCGGGGCUGGCACGUGGGACAGAAUAUCUGUCAGCAUCGUGGGAACCCGAGGAGCGACCCCCCCACUGCCUCUGGACCAUUUUGGCAAAGAGUUCACCUCGGGCGCUGAGGAGGACUUCAAAGUGACGCCCCCUGAGGACGUGGGCCGGGUGCUGCUGCUGCGCGUGCUUAAGACGCCCCUCGCGCUGCCCAGCCCAUUCGGGCCCCUGGCCCCGGACGCCUGGUUCUGCCGCUGGUUCGAGCUCACGCCGCCUCGGGGCGCCCGGCUCCACUUCCCCUGCUACCAGUGGCUGGAGGACGAGGGGAGCCUGGCGCUGCGGGAGGGGACAGCGAAGAUCUCCUGGGAAGACCACCACCCCACGCUCCAGCAACAGCGCUGGGAGGAGCUGCAGGCCAAGCGGAAGACCUACGGCUGGAAGACUUACAUCCCAGGCUGGCCUCGCUGCCUCAACGAGGAGACCGUCAAAAACCUGGACCUCAAUAUCAAAUACUCCCUGGCCAAGAGCAUCAACUUGUAUCUGCGGGGUGGCUCUAUAUUGGCAGAUCUGAAACUCAAAGGGCUGCUGCACCACAAGGGGCUCUGGAAGAGUCUGGAGGAGAUAAAAAUUGUGUUCAACUUCCGGAAGACCCCAGCCGUGGAGUACGUGUUUGAGCACUGGCAGGAGGAUGCCUUCUUCGCCUACCAGUUCCUGAAUGGCCUCAACCCGGUCCUGAUCCGUCGCUGUCACCACCUCCCAAAGAACUUCCCUGUCACCAAUGCCAUGGUGGCCCCGGUGUUGGGCCCCGGGACGAGUCUGCAGGCUGAGCUGGAGAGGGGGUCCCUGUUCCUGGUGGAUCAUGGCAUCCUCUCUGGCAUCCACACCAAAGUCAUUAACGGGAGGUCUCAGUUCUCCGCGGCCCCAGUGACCCUGCUAUACCAGCGCCCAGGGUGUGGGCCCCUGCUGCCCAUCGCCAUCCAGCUCAGCCAGACCCCCGGGCCCGACAGCCCCAUCUUUCUGCCCAGCGACGACAAGUGGGACUGGCUGCUGGCCAAGACGUGGGUGCGCAACGCCGAGUUCUCCGUCCACGAGGCCCUCACACACCUGUUACAGGUACACCUGGUGACCGAGGUCUUCGCCCUGGCUACGCUGCGCCAGCUGCCCCACUGCCACCCACUCUUCAAGCUGCUGAUCCCGCACACGCGGUACACCCUGCACAUCAACACGCUGGCCCGUGAGCUGCUCAUCGCCCCUGGGAAGGUGGUGGAUAGGUCCACAGGCCUUGGCAUUGAAGGUUUCUCUGAGCUGAUACAGAGGAAUAUGAAACAGCUGAACUAUUCCGUCCUGUGUCUGCCUGAGGAUAUCCGGGCCCGAGGAGUUGAAGAUAUCCCAGGCUACUAUUACCGGGAUGAUGGGAUGCAGAUCUGGGGUGCAGUGGAAAGCUUUGUCUCCGAGAUGAUCGGCAUCUACUACCCAAGCGAUGAGUCUGUCCGCAAUGACAGUGAACUCCAAGCCUGGGUGUGGGAGAUCUUCUCCGAGGGCUUCCUAGGCCGGGAGAGCUCAGGUGUACCCUCCUCCCUGGGGACACGGGAAGCCCUGAUACAGUACGUCACCAUGGUGAUAUUCACCUCCUCGGCCAAGCAUUCCUCCGUCGGUGCGGGGCAGUUUGACUUCAGUGCCUGGAUGCCCAACCUGCCAUCUACCAUGCAGCUGCCACCACCCACCUCCAAAGGCCAGGCAAGCCCGGAGGGGUUCAUAGCCACCCUCCCACCUGUCAAUACCACGUGUGAUAUCAUCAUUGCCCUCUGGGUGCUGAGCAAGGAUCCUGGAGACCGACGGCCCCUGGGCACCUACCCGGACGAGCACUUCACCGAGGAGGCCCCGCGCCGGAGCAUCGCGUCCUUCCAGAGCCGCCUGGCUCAGAUCUCGCGAGACAUCAGGGAGCGGAACCAGGGCCUGGCGCUGCCCUACACCUACCUGGACCCUCCCCUCAUCGAGAACAGCGUCUCCAUCUAAAUCCCCUGGGCAACAGGGCCCCACCGUGACAUCCCUUGGACCCCAUAGCUCUAGGCUACCUGCCACCCAGAGAAAGGGACUCCCCAGAAAACCAGGCCCCCAUAUGCCUCUCCUGGGACAACCAGGUCUGGUGUAACUCACCCCCCACACACCGCACAACAGAAACAAAGCAGAAACCAAAAAAACCCAGAGAAUAAAAGUUCAUUGGACGGCCCCCCUAUGCCUUUUGAAGAUGCCAAGCCUCACAGUGCCUACAUACCCAUAGCCCCGUGGAAGGGUACCGGGGGGUGGGGGGGACACAGUCCUGCCCCCAUUCCCACUGACCACAGCUGACUGGACCUAAUGGUCAUGUGGCUCAAGGGCAGCCUUCCUCCAGACUGUCCAGCAGCGCAAGGUGUGGCUGGCCUGAAAACGGCCCAAGAGGUUGAUGGUGACUUUAUGGUCCCAGCUUUACAUGAACAACCCACUGAGAAAGGGCCACAGGAAGCGGGGCAGAAGGAGGACACACUACCCGGGACAUGCAGGCAGCGCCCAUAUAUGCUUUUGAAAAAAAAACAUGCCUCAAAGCUGGACAAAAUCCGUGAAUAUUAUAAAACAGUUUCCAUUUCCAGAGACUUAGGCAAUAUUAUAUCAUUAAUCAUAUGUUGCCUUCUAGAUUCAAUUCUUGAUGACGGAAUUCCAACAUUUCAAACACAUUCUCUAGUUCUGGUUUUCUUUUUUCUGGUUCCAACUCAGCGAGUAUCCACUGAGGCCAAACAUGUGUCCCCUUGAAUUCAACUGAUGAUUUCCAUCUCUGUCUCAUAUUGCAGGCACCAGAGCCUGGUUUUUCAGUUUCACUAAUUUUUAUAAAACGCUGCAAACAGAUGCAAUAUAUAUUUGAAUAACUGCACAAACAUGGCCAUUGAAAUAAAUAGAAUAACACUUCAGAAAGGGCAACGCUGCCCAGUACGCAGCACUGGAACUAUUCAUUCUUUAUUAAGAGUCACUGUAACCCAAAAUGAUUCAGAGAUAUAGAGCUGUCAAACUUCUUUGGUUUAAAACAAUUCCUGCAAACUCAAGCAAUAAAGGAGUUUAUGGAAAAGAAACUGUGCCUUGAGGGAUUAAAGAAAGGGUUAAGGGAGGGACUUCCCUGGUGGCGCAAUGGUUAAGAAUUCUCUGCCAAUGCAGGGGACAUGGGUUCAAUCCCUGGUCUGGGAAGAUCCCACAUGCCGCAGAGCAACUAAGCCCGUGUCCCACAACUGCUGAGCCUGUGCUCUAGAGCCCGCGAGCCACAACUAUUGAACCCGUGUGCCACAACUACUGAAGCCUGCGUACCUAGAGCCUGUGCUCCACAAGAGAAGUCACCGCACUGAGAAGCCCAUGAACCGCAACAAAGAGUAGCCCCUGCUCCCUGCAACUAGAGAAAGCUCACGCACAGCAACAAAGACUCAAUGCAGCCAAUAAAUA